GGCGACUCGGCGCGCAGGCAGUCGAGUGCGGACGGUGCGGCGGGAGGGGUCGGUGUGGAGCCAGUGCGUUGCGGAGGGUGCGAGCGAGGCUGAGUAAGCGUGUGAGCAGGAGGUGGAGGCUUGUGUGUGUGUGAUUGAAGGAAAGUGAUUAUAGAAGAAAAGGUUACGGAGUGAGGAACGUGGCAUCGAGAGGUUGGAGCUGGUCAGAGUUUGGCGCUGACGCCGCCUGCUAUGAGAUAGACCAUCCAUUGCACGAGGACGUUCUUCAACCAGUGACGUCACAACUUAACGACAACCAUGACGUCAUCAGGCCUCAAGGCCGGUUCGGGGAUGAACGAUCUGCUGAUCUAUAACUCCAGCCAGGAGUCCCACGCCACGUCGAAAGGGUCACUCUACCCGGCCAAAGUCGCCUUCAGUCUUGGUAUGGGCAAGCUACUUCUUGGUCUCCUCCUGCUGGUGUUUGGCGUGCUGGCGCUGCUGCAGGGCUCGUCACAGGCAUACCUGGGAGGCGGCCUCUGGGGCGGCGUCUGUGUCAUCGUCUCCGGCACACUGGGCAUCAUGUCCAGCCGACGACCCUGCACCUACUUCUAUCUGGCGAGCUUCAUGGCCAUGUCGAUCGUGUCGCUGGCCGUCUCCGGACUGGUAGUCAUCUUCUCCACCAUCGGCUUGAUCCGAGACGACGCCAGCUCCAGGGCCGUCUUCGUCAAUACGGAGACGGGCGAGCCUCUCGCCUUCCUCGGCGACGUGGUCAUCCGUCGGCCUGCCGUCAUCUUCAGCGCCGUGCUGCUCGGCCUGGCCGUGCUGGACAUCCUGUUGUCCCUCUUCGCCAUCGCCAUCUGCUCCAGGGAGGUGUGCGCGGCCUCUUCGGCAGCGGGCGGGACGAGACCAGUGGGACCCGGAGGAACAGAGCGACUCUGGCGCUGGCUCGGUCAGCAGAGGAGACAGGGAGUGUAUGUGCAACAGGUGCCGCCGCCCGGCUCUCAGCUGACCAGUGUGCCGGCCUGGCUGCCGGUGCCGGCUCCAGUGCUGCCACCUGGAGCCGUGCUCGCCCGCCCACCCACCGCCGCCUCUGCCUACCGGCCGGCUAGUGAACUAACCGCAGAUGGCGCGCAGGUCGUCUACAUAGACGGCGCGCGCGUCGCUGUGCACCAGCAUCAACAGGAUCUGGAAUCAGGCCACGGAAGACGGGAGCGGCGCCGUCUGAGGCGAAAGACGGCGGCCGCGGAGGCAGCGGCGGCCUCAGGUCCCUCCGAUGAGGAGAUAGCCUCGAGCUACACAGGGCUGGACCGAGAGAUCGCCGAGCAGUUCAUUUCGGCUAGUAUGGAGCCGGGCUUGACCCUACAGCGAAAUGCAAGGCUACAGGAGAUAAGCGAUAGUCUGCAUUCCAGCCUGUAGGGAAUGCACUACCGUGUGGGGGAAUGUAUUGAAAUGUAGGGGAAUGUAUUGUACAGUGCUGUAGGGGAACGUAAUGUGGUUUGUAUAGGAAUGUGCUGCUGUGUAGGGUAAUACAAAGUGGUGCACGGAGAAAUGUACUUACUCCAGGUCCAGUGUGGGGAUACACUGUUGGGUGAAUCGCAGCGCAUGAGAAGCUUGUGGUAUAUAGAAAAAUGUCUUUUGGGAUCCAGGGAAAUGUGGUGUUAUUGUGUUGAGCGGAUGACAGUUGCAGCGAUAGGGACGUAGUGAAGCUGGUAGGGAAAUCGGCUGAGUUGGAAGUAUCUGUGACAGACUAUGAUGAACACACUGCAGCAAAUAGGGAAUGACUGAGUGAGCCAGUUGAUAUUUUGUUUACGAAAUGUGAUUUACGUUUUGUUAAGUGUGGAAACGUCGUAGAUAGUCACCGCCCUAACUCCAUACGAUUGGGAAUAAACGAGCGGGAUCUAGA